GUACAAAUCAAAAGACAGGCAAAUGCUGUAGAGUAGAGAGUCAAGUACACUUAAAGGAAGUCCAUUACAGCGGUAUCCAUUAAGGUCCAAACGAUUAGUUUAGAUUCGCGUUAAUAUCUUUGUCUUGCAUGCAUUUGCUUUAACAAAUCACCUCGUCAGAAAGCUAUUCUAUAUUAGAAAACGCUGAUUAUAACAUCUCGAUUGGUCUUUGUAUGCGUUGUUGUCGUGUUCGAGGGCAAAAGGGAUGGAAAGUGAACUAGACGACGUAUAUAAUAUACCUGAACUACUCUUGGCGGCGAAAAAUGCAGACGUCGGCCGGUUCAAACAACUUCUCAAUAACGGCGCCGAUGUGUUGCUCAAAGAUAAAAACGAGCGCACGGUACUACAUUGGGCGGCACACAGUGGCAAUGUUCCCAUUAUGUUGGCGGGUGUUUCAAAAGGUCUCCUUUGGCACAUCAACGCCAAGAGUAAGACACUUUCAUCUGCAGCGUGGACUAACUCCUCUUCAUGAAGCCUGUUUAGCUGGUCAUCGUAAAUGUGUAUACUUAUUACUGUCACUUGGUGCUGACAUCAAAAUACAAACAAUGGAAGGAUAUACAUCACUAAUGUGCGCCGCUGGGAAUGGAAACGAAGAUACAACGAGCAUUCUUGUCGGUGCCGGUUGUGAUGGAAAUGAAGUUAUAAAGCCGAUUGGAGUCAAUGCUCUACAUAUAGCUUCAUGGACAGGGCACGAAGAUGUCAUAAAAGUAUUAUUAAAACUUGGAUGUGAUCCCGAGGUCAAAAGUCAGAUGGGUAAAACGGCCAUGGAAUACGCAAUUGAACAGCGCCACACGUCUUGUAUGGAAGUUUUAAGGAAUCACAUAAAAAAGACAGAAGAAAAGAGCAAAACAGAUACCAAGUUGUUCGACUCAAAAAUGCACCGUAUGAAAAAGAAAGUGAUUCAGUACUAUGAAGAGAAACUUCAAGAAGAGAUCACAUACUUUGAGCAACAGCUACAAGCGCAGCAUUGCAAGGAUUUAGGUGUCAUUAUGAAGAUGACAACGGAACUUGAACGCGUUUAUACUCUGCUAAACGCGAGCACAAAUAAAACCGAAAAAGAAUACAAGCCACUUCUUGACGUUGGGAAAAUGCCGACCUCAGUCGCGCAGCGAGCACUAUCGAGGACGUCUAUGAUAACACGAAGUUCUUCAAUGGACAUGCAGGCAGCAUCGAGGAACGGGUAUUAUUCUAGUGACUACGACGACGAUGAGGAAAAUGAUCCUCUAAAUGACGACGAAAUAUCACCUGAACCUAGUCCGACAUCACGCUCCGCAACGCCAACAUCACGUAAUAGACGUAAUAAAGAUACAAGUAUAACUCAACUGGUUGAAGAAGCUGCGCAGCGUAAAGACAGUGUGAACAUCCUACGCAAACAAAACUCGUCGGAUUCUGAUUACAACUCGCUACCCGUGUCCCCGCGAGAUAAUGUCACCAAGAAAGGGUUGGCUAUUCCGACAAGGAUCGCUUCACCGACCCCGCCACGCCGGCAACGACACGCGUCCACUCCAGCCCCGCCGAGAACAUCGCCGCGUUCACCACUGACUCCCCACCCACCUGGACCUCUGUCCCCCAUUAACCGCCAACCUUCACCAAGAUCCCCAAAACCGAGAACUCGUAGAAAAAGUAGUGGAUUAUUUAUCAGAAGACAGUCUCUGUUGGAAGAGUCUGCAGACGAAGAAGAGAAAAGUAGGAGGAAGAGCGUCGCAGUGCGCAUGACAGCAUCAGCACAACCGAGAGAUAAAGAGCCUCAAAAGAAAAAAGGAAAUUUUCUGCUUAAUCUACCUCUUCCAAACUUUUUUAACUCAGAACGUAAUGAAAUGAAUGACGGGUCUAUAACCACGAAGAAGGAAUGAUGAAUCAGAUGUGAGAAAUGAUGAUACUUACCAUCGACUAGGCAAAGUAACGAGAGUACUGCUUGGAACAAUCAUGUUUAACUAAGGUGGUUUAGCUAAGUCGGCAGACUAACAAAACAGAAAUGUGCCGAUUUAAUUCUCGCAGCAGACCAUAUUUUAUUUGCUUCGCCUUAUUUACUGUAUAAAAUGAGAAAAUAAGCGGGCGGCGCAUAUAAUUUAUAGAUUUCAAUGCGGCAGUUAGCCUAUUCUCGAGAGUAUUAUGCUUAAUUUCCAUAAAAUCGCUACACGCAAUCGCAGGCAGAUUUCGCUGGUUAGUCAGUCAAAAAUAGGGAAUUCCUCGCAACUGCGUCGGGGCCAGCUUCGCAUUGCAACUCUACUGCAGUGAAACACUGGAGCCGCCGAUAGUGUAGAAAGCAGACUUUGAAAUUAUUGGAGUUUUAAAACGUUAGAAUUAGUUUUUUCGGUCCAUCUGACUUGUUUAACGUUUAAUAGUUUUGUCAAUUUUGUUAGAAAUAGUUUUAUGAUAAUACGAACAUCAAAUCAAAGUUGCAAUAGUACUCCGGAUUAAGUACGAUGACAUUUAUUUUAAAAAGUAUAUCUCUAAUAAAUGCCAGCUCUCAUUUGAGAGGCACCAAGAAAAAAAAUCACUUUUGCGGCGCUUAUUCGAGAUAGGCGAUCAGUGGUGGAUCCCGGAAAUUUGCCAACAUGGGGUCCGACAGGGGUUCUCAAACAAGGGGCCGACUAGAGAGCCUUGGCCAGGGUCCCGGAAUAAAAAUUAUGGGUUCAUGGGGAGAUAUUUUUUUAAGGCUUAGUGUAGCACAAAUUGUGCUUUUAGACCAUAAUGCUAGGAAUUAGCAAUCAAAAUUAACGUUAUACCAUAAAACCUCGAAUAGAAGCUCAAUGAGCUUAAUCUCGAGAAGCCAAUCUCGAAUGGAAGCCC